CCCGGUCAAAUAUAUACAGUCGACACAGAUGAAUCGGUUUAUUUCUCCAUUUAUUUCAUGUCCAGAUUUUCUUCAACAAUUUUUCAUGCAUUAAUUGUAUGUUUAAUCAGAGAAAUUCGCAUCCUAAUUGAUUUGUAUACACAUACAGUAGAUAUACUAGUAAUAUACGAGAUGUUAACAAGUUAUCGCCGGAUGACAGCCGGAGCCGCCGCGACGCCGGCUGUGAUUCAUCACAUUCCGCGUCGACUCUCAGUAAUUCUACAAAUGGACCGUCCACGGCUCCAGUUCAGAGGUGGAGUGGGAGUAGGAGAACAGGGCGUUUUACAAUCGAGGAAUUGGGUGAUUGAGGCGGCGGUAGGGUCCACGAGAGUAAGAGGAUUGAGAUCAACAGGCGAGGAGGAGGUGAAGAGGAAGGUCCAGCCACCAAAUUGUUGUGCGUACGACCAUGAACAUCAGGAGGCUGUGGCGGUAGAGAAGAGUAAAGACGGUGAUCGGAGGGUGGAGGUGGUGGUUGCGGCAGCGACGACGGUGGUGCUGGGCGUAGGGAAUCGGGUGCUGUACAAGCUUGCGUUAGUCCCUCUGAAGCAAUAUCCAUUCUUUCUCGCUCAACUCGCCACUUUCGGGUACAUAGUUGUAUACUUCUCUAUCUUGUAUCUCCGUUAUCAGGCUGGCAAAGUCACUGAUGAAAUGUUAUCUUUGCCCAAGUUUCCACUAGUUGCUGUAGGCCUGUUGGAGGCUCUUGCAGCUGCAUCUGGAAUGGCAGCUGGAGCUAUUCUUUCUGGCGCAGCAAUUCCUAUUCUAUCUCAGAGCUUUCUUGUCUGGCAACUUAUUCUCUCUUAUAUCUUUCUUGGGAGGAGAUAUAGUUUUAACCAGUUGUUUGGAUGCUUUCUUGUGGCAGUGGGUGUUAUCAUAACUGUGGCAAGUGGAUCUGGUGCUGAUUCACUGAUGGGAGCUGGUAUCUUUUGGAGUCUGUUGAUGAUCAUUUCUUUCUUGUUACAAGCUGCUGAUACAAUCUUGAAGGAGAUAAUAUUUUUGGAUGCUGCUCAAAGAUUAAAGGUAGGGAGGUAGCGUCGAUCUAUUUGUUAUAAACUCUUUUGGAUCUGCUUACCAGGCAAUUUUCAUAUGCCUCCUGAUACCCUUCUUGU